CAAGAGACAGAGACCGUUUUGGUUUAGCUGUAACGAUUCUCAGUACUUAACACGGCGGCGUUUGCAAUCCACCUUCCAAAUUCCUCCGAAAUCAUGACGGGGUUGUUCUAUUUAAGUGAAAAACAAGAGGAAAAUCAAGAACAAAGAGGAAAAGAACAGCAAUUGUUCUUGUCCAAGGGCUUGGAGAUAUGGCCACAGCAAAAUCUAGAGAAUUACAUUUCAUUUGGAGUGGGUCCGAGUCGGAGGAACUUCAUGAUCAACGCUUCCGAUGGUCACGAUCAGUUUGUCCCGAGAUUAGGGUUUUCGAUCAAUUGUCAAGAUUGUGGGAAUCAAGCUAAAAAAGAUUGUUCCCAUUUGAGAUGUAGAACUUGUUGUAAGAGCCGAGGGUUUCAUUGCCAAACCCAUGUCAAAAGUACUUGGGUUCCGGCUACCAAGCGCCGGGAACGGCAGCUACAACGUCACCAAAUUGUUCGGCAACAAUCCCGACUAGAUCGGCCCGAUCAGACCACUUCCAAGAGACAUGGAGAAAAUCAAUCACUUUGUGUAGCUCCGAUCGACACUUCAGGGUUAGAAGUUGUGAAUUUUCCAGCUGAAUUCAACUCCUCAGCCGUUUUUCGAUGUGUGAAAGUCAGUGCCAUCGACGAUGUCGAAGAACAAUUAGCAUAUCAAACAUCAGUGAACAUUGGUGGGCGUAUGUUCAAAGGGAUUCUUUACGACCAAGGUCCCAAAAGCACUCUGAAUUUAAGCACGGGCGGCGAGAGCUCGUAUUGCUAUGGCGGAGAAGACGACAGUCAAGCGCUCGAGCUGGUGAUCGGAGCGUCGAACGGCGGGUGGAGGAGUAACAAACCAACCCCAUUUAUGGAGUCUUCUCUAUAUCCCAUCCCAAUCAACACAUUCACCACGGGUACGCAAAAUUUCCCUUCCUCUAGAACUUAAAAGAAAAAAGGGUUGAAGUUGAUUGUGUUGAAUUCAUGAACUAGAAGAAAAAAAAGCUCAUUGAUCUUAUGAUGUGUGAAAUGAAGACAUUGGAAUGGAACAA